AUGGCAGACAAGGCAGAGAAAAUUGCAGCAGCGAGAAAAAAGCUAAAACAGUACCAAUCAAAGCAGAAACAAGACUCUGUCGUAAAAAGCGGCAACAGUUCCGCAAGGGAAACGCCCGUCCCAGCCACUACUGCUGCCGGUAACAGUGAGCCACAUUCGUCUGUGUGCUCCGCGAUAACAACCGUCGAAGAUGCUCUAAACCAGAAUAGCAUUAGUCAAACGGCGUCUUCAGCAACGCAACCAUCGUCCUAUGCGGGGGCGGCUAGUUUUUUCAACAACAAUGGUCAGCUGAUGCCGGAUUUUUUCACCAUGGAACCCCAGGUUGCCCAGGUGCCCGAAAAACCGAUGGAAGCUUCCCUCAACAGCAUCAACCGAAUUUCCGACGAAAUCGGCCAACUGAUUGCGAAUGCUAAUGCCGAUUUGGGACCACAGAACACUAUCUUAGAGUUGGAAUCGGAAAAAGCCGAUCUCUCCAGGACACUAAAUGCUCAAAAGCUAGAGAAUGACGAGCUGCGGUUGAGGCUACGAAACAACCAAUCGGUGGUGGAGGAAUUGAAGAAUGAGAUCGAUAAACUGAAGCUGGAGAAUAGUACCAAGGUUACCAGCGAGUUAGGGCCGAUUCAGGAACAGCUGCGCAUGCAAAUUCAAGCGGUGGGUGCUUUAGUCGGAGAAAAGGCAGAACUGACAGCAACUGUCAGCAAGUAUCAGAGUUUGGUUAGAGAAAAAACAACUGAAAACGAUGAGCUGCAGAACCGACUGAAGGCAUCCCGAGGAGCAGUUCAAAAAUUGGAAAAAGAGCUGGAGUCGAUUAAGCAAUCUGGUAAUCGAUUUGAGGACCUUGAGCGAACCAUAAAGAACCAACUAAACGAAUACCAAGAUGAGGCUAAUAAAUUUCGUAAACUGUACGAAGAUCUCCAGGAGGACUUGGGAGAACUGAAGCAAAAGCUUCAGGUUCGAAACCAGGAAUUCCAGUCCGCUCAGAGGCAGCUGGAGCAAGCGCAAUCCGAGUUGGGUCUUGCAAAGUUGCGCGUUGAACAGCUUUCCUCGGACGAUGAUAUGGAUUCUAACAUGAAGAUUGAAGCACUUAGUCAGCAGAACCUUAUAAAGGCUCAGCAAAUCAAAGAUCUACAAGAAAUUAUCAAACAAAUCGGUAACGAGCGGGAUCAAAGCAAUCAACAGUAUCAGAACUACGUACUGCACCUCAACAAGGAGGUAUCCAAUUUGGCCGACAAGAUACAGGAGUUGACCGAGGAGAACAAUCGACUCUCCACCCGAGAGGACAAUCUGGUUCGCCACGUAGGGGAAUUGGAACGACAAAUACAGCAACAAAUGGUUAAGGCGAAACUGUAUGCUUCCCAGCAGCAAGAAGACACGGUAGAGGAACAACAACGGACCACGCUCGAAAGCGAGCUGCAGUUAUUGAAGGAACAGAUUGCCAAUUUUGAGAUGGAACGAACUGAACGAUGGAAACAAAGUGAUUCUAUCGAAAAAUUACAACAAGAGUAUGAGGAAAAGCUUAAACAAAGUGAAAAUGAAUUGGCUCAGCUUAAGCUGACGACCGAACGUCUACAGAUGGAUAAACCGGACACGGCCAAAUUACUGGCGGAGCUAGAAGUUGCAAAAGUAGAAUCAUCACGGGCGGUAGCGCAAAAUGUCGAACUGAAGUCGCAACUUGAGGAAAUGCAAAGAGCAUUUGUUCAAAUCAGCAAUGACAAACUGGAGCUUACAGAUAAGCUGCAAUCGGAAUUGCACUUGGGACGAGAGAUGAAGGCUACCUAUGGACAAUUGGAGUCGGAGCUCAACACGACUCGGGAGAAACUACACUAUAAAGACGAGGAAAUGAUUCGACUGGCACACGAAACUACCGAGCUGAACAAGCAAAUCUUUCAGCAAAAUCAAGAAAUAGACCGAUUGCGAUAUUACGAGUCACGUGCCAACGAUGGAAAUGUGCUGCAAAAUGAGUUACAAAUGGCACUGGAGCAACUGCAACAGCUGGGAUCCACGGCAUCACCGAAAAAGGACCACAGUUGCGAUCAUGGCAACCAUCAUGAUCAUGAUCACGACCACAAUGCUCAUCAUCACCCUCAGUAUGAGCACGACCAGCAGCACGAUCUUCAUCGUGAAAUUGAAAUACUGAAGCAAGAGAAAGAAGAACUAGUAAAAGUUAUCAACUCUUUUCAAAGUAGAGCUAAGCCAAGUCCAUGCCAUGAGACAAGUUCGCCGGGUCCAGUGGACCAGCAGGACGCCAUUAGUGAUAAUGUUUCAACGGUGAGUCUUCCGACCCACGAAGCCAUGGAAAAACUGCAGGAACGGUUCAAGCGAACCAUCCUGGAAGUGGCCGACUUGUCGGAGGAGAAGCAACGCUUGGAGCACCUGGUAAUGCAACUACAGGGAGAAACCGAAACCAUUGGGGAAUACAUCACACUUUAUCAGCAGCAGCGGAGGCUGCUGAAGCAGAAAGACAUGGAACGCGAUCUGCAGCUGGAACAGCUAGCCAACGAUCGCGAAGUUAUGAAACUGAAGCUGAAAGAGCUCAACUUUUUGGUGCAUCAGUUGGUGCUGGAGAAAUGUGGCAAAAAUUCUUCCUCUGUCGCAGUGUCCCCAACCGGUCAGUACAGUGCACAGCACUCUUCACCGGUACCGCUAAUCGAGCAGGCAGCCAGUCCGCAAGGCCAUGCUCCCUCGGGGCGAAUCGAGAAUGGAGAACAUCACGAGGAAAAGGUGCAAAUUAAAUCCACUGAAACCGCUGGCAGAAUACUGUCCUUGCUAACCGACAUUAAGGAAGCGAACAUACCGUACGGAAGCGGAGUACAGCAUUGCUCGUGCUGUUCGGGACGGCUGGAAACGGUCUAGAUUGAUGAGCGAAGCGAACGUCAGCGGGUGCGACUGGCUGUAACGAUGGAUGCAUUAAAUAGAUCGGCGCUUAGAAGUGUUCGCUGUGCAGUGUAACUGUGGUCUACUUUUUUACGUCUAAAAUAAAUUUUAUUCCUUUAAGUGAACGGCAUCA